AUGGCUACAUGCACCCAUAUCUACACCAUGUAUAAAAACGGAAUGCUUUCAAAGCAAACACAAGUGUUCCCUCGAGAUGGGCUGGUGGCAUGGGUUAUAGGAGCGACAGAUGUGGCUAAAAUAAAUGGCUGA